AAUACAUAUGUUAUUAUUAUUAAUAAAAUGAACGUGACAAAAUUUCGACGACUCUCUACAAAUUCGCAAUAAUGUUUUAAAGUACAUCAUCAUCAUUGGUGAUGAUCGUGACAUACAACGAUCCAUCGAGCAUCCUUGAUGAUGCCAAUUAUACGAUGAAUACAUAUGAUAUCGGUAGAGGAAGCAGUCGAUAUUACGAGAAACACGCGUGCCGACAUUUGCAGUUGAAGACUUGUCUCAAGACGAUCGAGAAUGACUGGUCAUCGUUGAACACGGACACGGAGAAGGCAAUUCUGCAGCGCCACGCCUCAUAUGCACAGCACAUCACAACGUCGUAUGCAGUUUUCAUGCAAUUGACGGGGAUUCUUCUCAUAUUCAAGUCGUCUAUGACAUUAUUGUUUGAAGACACCACGAACACGACACUGCCUAUCAUAGUGGCAGAAUCGAAGUUACCCUUUCGCGUGGAAUAUGGCGAGAAGAUGAGACAGUGCCUGUUCCCGGUCGCGAUACACUGUUACCUGGCCGUGUUCGCUCAUAGCAACAUCACAAUCGCAGUUGAUAGUCUGUAUAUCACGUUGGUCCAUCACGCUUGCGGGAUGUUUAAGAUCGUUGGACAAACAUUGGAAUAUAUCGGUAAGAAUAAAGGUGAUAAUUUCGAUUUAAAACCCGACAGGAUAACGGACGAGGAUUAUGGAAAAGCAUUGAGCUGCUUACGCAGACAUCUGCAUGUAAUAGAAUUCGCGGAACUGAUAGAGGCCACGUUUACGAAUAUAUUUUUAGUCGGCGUAUGUUUAAAUAUGAUUGGCGGUAGUAUGAUUGGCAUACAGGUGGUCCUUAACUUGGACGACGCAAAGGAUGUUGUAGAACCUCUUACGAUAUACAUCGCUCAACUUUUCCACCUCUUCCUACAAUUCUGGCAGGGUCAAUUUCUGUUAACCUACAGUGCUGUUCCCUACGAAUCCAUUUGCAGAGCAAAUUGGUAUUAUACUUCGGGCAGGUGCAGGAAGAUACUUCUCUUAAUCAUGAACAGAACUGUGUUACCGUGCAAAUUGACCGCUGGAAAAAUCGUGAUUCUAUCCAUCGAGACUUUUGGCGUGGUAAACCAAACUGCUCUGUUGCUUUCAAUUUUCCUGCUCUAACCACGUUCUCUCAAAAUCAAAGUCUCAUUCUUCGAAGGUUUUGAAAACGUCGAUGUCUUUCUUCACAAUGCUGCGUUCCUUCAAAUAACGAUCACUAAUAUAUUGAUUCGGCUCGUUGAUAGAAUUUCAAAAACCAUGUUUACGCAAGGAUACAAGAUGAACCAUUUUCUGAGAAAGUUGUUCUGACCCGUCGAAACAGCUUGUCAUGACAAUUAGAGGGAAUAGCCGAUUUAUUCUUUUUGUAAAAAAAAGUGUUAAAAAUAUACAAAGAGAAAUUUUGCAAUAAUGAACUUUGAACUUUCCAUACCGAUAUAAAAAAAAGCCGGCUGCGUUCAAUAGAAAAAGCAGCUAUUAAGUCAUUAAAUAUAAAAUGUCUAAAUUUGAAUCAAAGUUUGGUUCGUUAUAUUUC